AUGAUGCUUCCAAUUGCCCUUUUUACCCUAUGUCUUGUAAUAAGUCUGGCAUAUGCCUGUCUGCCUACACAACCUGUUGAAAUGACAACAACAACUGCCGCUCCAUACCCUUGCUCAGUUUGUCCAAUGAUUUAUGGAUCGGGUUGCCUUGGAGGUGUGACAGAUGUGUGUGCAACAGCUGCAGAAGUUGGAAUAAUGUACACAUUAGGAUUAAUACCGGGUUACAGUUACGGAGAUGCAAAUACUUGCUCAACAAUAUUUUCUUGUCCACUCGGAACAACCUCACAAGUGAAACUUCCUAUCACAGGAACCAUCCUGCCAGGCCCAUCACUAGUGAUUGCACAUUGUCAAGAAACAGGGGCUAAUGCUGGGACUUGGUACUAUGGCAUUCCGCCUCUGGUAACUCCAGUAGAAAUUGUUGCCACUCAAUGCCAAGGAAUAAUUUCUGGCUGAAAACAAUCAAAUUACGGUUUUUUUUUGAUAAUAAUGUAAUGUAAAUAUAAUAAACAUUGGUAUUCAAAA